AAUCUUAUGUCAAAUCAAAUAUGUCAGUCUUUUGUCUUUAUCUAUGGUUCAAAUGCGUGGUUAGAGACAAGAGACAUGCACUUGUCUCUGGCGUAGUUCUUGUUUGAAUUUUCGGUUUUUCUUAUAAUUGGAAAACAAUUAUGCAUUUUCCCGAAUUUAGUCUUCUUGUUUUACUCAGGGAGCUUGCAAAUCAAGUACUCCUCAAAUAAUAAGAAUAUUUUUACACACAAAACAUUGUAGGAAAACAUGCCUGCAAAUGUGCGUCCCAAAGGCUCGAAUACGAACACGAGAGCGCCCCCCGUGACCCCGAUGUCAGAGCGUCAACAGAUGGCUUUGCUAAUGCAGAUGACCUCGUCUGGAGAAGGUUCUCGAAGUCCCAGUAACACAAGCUCGAAGACCAGAGACCGCAAUGAAAGAGGUGAAACCCCCUUGCAUUUAGCGGCUAUUAAGGGCGAUGUUGACCAAGUCUGUAGAUUGUUAGCGCAUCGCGCUGAUCCUAAUGUAGCCGAUUUUGCUGGAUGGACUCCUCUACAUGAAGCAUGCAACCAUGGUUGGCAUGAAGUAGCUGCGAGGCUGGUCCAAGCAGGUGCUAACAUUAAUGCGAAAGGUUUGGAUAACGAUACUCCCCUUCACGAUGCCGUCAUCAAUGGUCAUCUGAAAAUAAUCAAACUUUUGAUAGAAAAAGGCGCAGACAUCCACGUUAAAAACUCAAAGGGAAAGUCUCCAUUAGACUUGGCUUCACCUAGCAUUCAGCCUUAUUUGCUCAACACCGAUAUGCCUUUACCCGAAGCUGGCAGUUCCUCAUCGACGCGCGUUCCACUUCGUUCAAGAGAUGAUAAAAAGGUUUCGAGCGCUUCAACAGAUAAGCAAAAGACCGGCUCGUCUACUUCAAGCAGUGAAAGUAUGGAUGCCAAAUCCAACUCUACAGCUGAAGACAUUUACGAGUUCAAGUCAGUAAAGGAUGCGGAUUCGGCUGCAGAGAAAAAGUCGGAAAAUACCGAGUCGGAAAUGAGCAAUUCCGAUUCUCUAUCUGUUCCAACCAGCACUACAAAUGAAGACUCGACUAAAAGAGCUUAUGGCGAGGUCGAGGGUAACGACGACAGCGAAAAAGAUGAAGACAACAAAAAGAAGAAAAGAAAAGACGACACUGCUAAAGAAACAGGCAAAACUACACAAAGAGGGCAAAAUAAAGGGCAAAGUAGCAAACAAUCAGUAAGCGCGACUGGAAAACAUGCGGCGGCCAGUUCAUCAAAAGCAAGCGCUUCUGCAGACAAGAAAAGCCCUGAUGGCAGUCCUAAACCAACCGUUAGUAACAACAGUGCAAGUGAUGUUGAGGGAGAAGGUUCUUCAAAUUCGGGAGAUGGUAAAACCGACUUGAAGGUUCCUCCUCUGAAAAUAGUCAUUCCGCAAAGCUCUACAAACGAACAGGACACCGGCACUAGUAGAAAUGGAAAAAACGCUUCUCAAAGAGUGCAUCAAGCUUUACCUUAUGUAGUUGCCAGUUCUAAUAGCAAUGAUUCGUCUGACAAAGAAACUGCACUUGGAACGAAUAGCCCAGACAGUACCGGAAACUCGAAAGACAACGAUAAAAAGGAAGCUCCUAGUACGCAAACUGAUGAACAAGCUUCCAAAGAUACUGAGGCAGAGAACAACACUGCUGCAAAUACGAGCACGACUACUGCAUCCGCGCCAGCUGCAACCCACGUCGAACUUCAUCCACGUAAACGGAAAAUGAAGCAAAGCCGAAGUGAUCAAGCAAGUGCGCAACAAGCGACGGAUAAUGCGGAAUCGUCAACGGAAUCACGCGAAGUGCAUCCACACGAACAGCCCAUAACAAACUGUUAUAAGCUGUUUAUGAAUAUCAGGAAACAGAUUGAAAAACGACGCAAGGGUUUGUUUCUAGUUCAACCCAAGCCUCCGCAGGGUUUCAAAGACUAUCUAAUGAAUCGCUGUACUUAUGUUUUGGCAAACACCGCACCAACGACCCCCACUAUUAACUACCCUCCUUCGCUACCAGGUCAACUCAAAGAAUUAUUCGCGGAACAGGAAAAAGAACGAUACAGACUAAGAAUGCAGCAUGUAAUUGAAAAGGAGAAGCUGGUGCUUGCGGUUGAGCAAGAAAUUUUGAGGGUCCAUGGACGAGCUGCAAGGGCAUUGGCAAAUCAAUCCCUUCCAUUUUCGGUAUCUACGGUUCUUAGGGAUGAAGAAAUAUAUAAUCUGAUUACCCCGGAACAGGAAGAAAAAGAUCGCAACGCUCGACCCAGAUAUAAUGGGCGUUUAUUUUUAAGUUGGUUGCAAGAUGUCGAUGAUAAGUGGGAAAAGAUUAAGGAGCACAUGCUGGUUCGUCAUCAUAAUGAAGCGGAUUCCUUGAGAGCAGUUCAAAAAAUGAACUGGGAAUGGAAACUUAAAGAAUUAAGUCUAGGCGACAAAAAACUAACACCGAAAAUUGACGAAUUGCAUGUUCCUGAAGUACAUGUAAGCGAUGAUUUCGACCUUCUACCAACAUAAAAUGUUAAUCAUUCAAUAAUUGAAUGAUUGAUAUUUUAGUUAUUAGAGUAGCAAUGGUGAGUAUUGUAAGCCAUUUGGUUAUUCUUUGUACCGUUCUUUAAUAUUAUUUGGCAGCAACCAGUACUGGAUUUGUGUUAAUUUAUUAUUUUAAAAUCAAUAAGUAUUGGUUAAGAGCGAUAAAACGGAAUUAAAGUUGUUUUCUUAUUUCGUUAGCAUUUAAUAUCACGUAUUUUAAAAUAUCAUAAUAUACAAUUAUGUAUCACAAAGUAUCGUGUAGAAAUGUCUCAUGUAGUUUUAUAUAACAUUGCAUAUAAAUGGCUCAGAAUGGAAAUCGUUGAUCAGCGACCUACUUACUACUUGUGGAAGUAAGUUGGUUGGAUGAAAAAACAUACACGCACCGAAGCAACUUCCUAUCGCCCAAAUUGAGAUAAUGUUCACAAAUAAAUUUUUUUAAAAAUAUCAAUCCAAA